AUGCAGAUGCUUGCAGUUCUUGGCUUGGUUCUAGCAUGUGCAGUUUCUGCCACUGAUGACAAGGGCACCGCUUUCCUGAAAGAGAAGGAGGCGGAAGAGGGUGUGAUCAAGCUGCCAUCUGGACUGCUCUACAAGGUUCUGAAGACUGGCACCGGCAUGCACCAUCCCACGAAGUCGACGGCCUGCGAGUGUCACUACAGCGGAACGCUCAUCGACGGCACAGAGUUUGACUCCUCCUACAAGCGUGGGAAGCCUGCGACCUUCAAGCCGAGCCAGGUCAUUGCAGGUUGGACCGAGGCAAUGCAACUCAUGGUUGAGGGUGACAAGUGGGAGAUGUACAUCCCCUCAGAGCUGGCCCCCCUGCUGCAGUCAGCUGGGCUCGUAGAGGGCGUAGGGUUCUGUGAUUAG